AAUCCUUUGUUCUAGAAUGAUGAUCUUAAGCUUCUUACUGAAAGUCUUCAUCGUAUCAUUCCCUUUUUUCUUUGUAUUCCAAUGUUUCUUCCUCUACAAGAAAUCUCACGGAAGCCCUUUGUUCAAGAAAUGGCCUUUCCGCGGCCGCCGGAUGGUUCCACGUUGGCUCAUCCAAAUCCAUCGAAUAUAUGAUUUGAUGGUUAAGGGCCUUGAGGCUAACAAUCUGAACUUUGCUGUCAAAGGACCCUGGUUUACUGGAAUAGAUUUCUUACUCACGGCUGAUCCAAGGAACAUCCAUCACAUACUAAGUUCAAACUUUCAGAAUUACCCUAAAGGACCUGGAUUCAAGAAGAUCUUUGAUGCUUUGGGAGAUGGAAUUUUAGCCGCUGAUUCGGAGUUGUGGGAGGAUCUGAGGAAGUCAAAUCACACCCUUUUUCACAAUAAAGAUUUUCUUGAGCUCGCGGUGAGUAGCAAUAUAAGAAAGUUGAAGAAGGAUCUGUUUCCUUUUCUUGAUAAAGCUGUUGAGGAAAACAUCACCUUAGACUUACAAGAUGUGUUCCAGAGAUAUAUGUUUGACAUUUUCUCAAUUUUAAUUAAUGGUUAUGAUCCAAUGACUCUAUCCACUGAAACGCCCGAAGUUGAGUUUCCUGAAGCUGUAGAUCUCGGUCAAGAAGUGGUCUUCUAUAGACAUCUCAAACCUGUGAUUUUGUGGAAGCUUCAAAGAUGGUUUGGGAUUGGUCUUGAGAGGAAGAUGAAAGUUACGAUGGCCGCUGUCGAUAAAAUGCUUGCGAAGAUCAUAUCUUCAAGACGAGAAGAGAUAAUUAGUGGGGAAAGAGAGACAUCAAUGGACGUGUUAACAUAUUAUAUUAAUGUGGACACUACCAAAUAUAAGCUCUUGAAACCGAAAAAUGAUAUGUUUAUAAGAGAUGUUGUUUUUAGUCUAUUGGCAGCAGGAAGAGACACUACAAGCGCAGCUCUCACUCGGUUCUUCUGGCUUCUUUCUAUGCAUCCCCAAGUUAUGGCCAAGAUCCGAGACGAGAUCAACACAAAGUAUGAUCCUGCAGAUCUAGAGAAGCUCGUAUAUCUACAUGCUGUCUUGUCUGAAACUUUACGACUCUACCCACCAGUUCCAUUUAAUCAUAAGUCACCCGCGAAGUCCGAUGUGCUUCCAAGCGGACACAAAGUUGAAGCCAAUUCAAAGAUUAUAAUCUCUGUUUACGCGCUGGGAAGAAUGAGAUCUGUAUGGGGAGAAGACGCAUCAGAUUUCAAACCAGAGAGGUGGAUUUCAGACAAAGGAAGGCUAAGACAAGAACCUUCAUACAAGUUCCUUGCAUUUAAUUCCGGUCCAAGAACUUGCUUGGGUAAGAAUUUGGCUCUCUCGCAGAUGAAGAUAGUAGCUGUGAACAUCAUACGAAACUACGAAUUUAAAAUCGUUGAAGGUCAAAAGAUCGAACAAGGUGCCUCUAUGAUUCUUAGUAUGAAGCAUGGUCUUAAAGUCACGGUCAGUAAGAAUACAUGAUUUUGAUGCUCGCUUGGCUUCUAUGCCUAACUAUUACUAUCCUCUUAUAUGUUUCGCUUGAUUUUUGGGUUUGCCUACAAUAAUAGUUUGGAUUGAGGUAACUCUCCAAUAAAUAUUGUUUUUCAAUUAUACAGCUUUCUUUAUUAAAACGUGGCCUAUGGUGUUGUAAGCGAUCACAACUUUUAUGGAAUUUA